CGGCACAGGCACAGGGGGCGGGUUUCCCUGCGGGCCCGAGUCGCCGCGGGCGGCUAAGUGCACGCCACUGUCCCCACGGCACAGGAGGCUGUGCUCCGCGGCGCAGCCAGCAGCCUCGCCAGCCCCACGCUGCGAGCGAGCGACGAUGCACCCCGGCGUCAGCGCCCUGAGCCUCCGCCCGGCCUCAGGGCAGCUGCACUGAGCCCGGCGCGCGGGGCCCGGUCCUCCGCGCUCCCCCGCGCUCCGCCGCGUUCGCAGUGUCCCCGUGCCCGCCGCUCCCGCGGCCCCCGCGCCUGGGCCAUGGGGCUGCCCACUCUGGAGUUCAGCGACUCGUACUUGGACAGCCCGGAUUUCAGGGAGAGACUUCAGUGUCACGAGAUCGAGCUGGAGAGAACCAACAAGUUCAUCAAAGAGCUGCUGAAGGAUGGCUCCCUGCUCAUCGGGGCGCUGAGGAAUCUGUCCAUGGCUGUACAGAAGUUUUCCCAGUCUCUGCAAGACUUCCAGUUUGAAUGUAUCGGAGAUGCGGAAACUGAUGACGAAAUCAGUAUUGCCCAGUCACUGAAAGAAUUCGCAAGGCUGCUUAUUGCCGUAGAGGAAGAAAGGCGUAGGCUGAUUCAAAAUGCUAAUGAUGUGUUAAUUGCACCCCUUGAGAAAUUUCGAAAGGAACAGAUUGGUGCAGCUAAAGAUGGAAAGAAGAAGUUUGACAAGGAGAGUGAAAAAUACUAUUCUAUUCUGGACAAGCAUUUGAAUUUGUCGGCGAAGAAAAAGGAGUCUCACUUGCAAGAGGCAGAUUCACAGAUUGGCCGAGAACAUCAGAACUUCUAUGAAGCUUCAUUAGAAUAUGUCUUUAAAAUCCAAGAGGUUCAAGAGAAGAAGAAAUUUGAGUUUGUGGAGCCGCUUUUGUCCUUCCUUCAAGGCUUGUUUACGUUUUACCACGAGGGAUAUGAACUUGCCCAGGAAUUUGCACCAUAUAAGCAACAGCUACAGUUCAACUUGCAGAAUACACGGAAUAACUUUGAAAGUACUCGACAGGAGGUGGAGAGGCUGAUGCAGCGGAUGAAAUCUGCCAACCAGGAUUACAGACCACCCAGCCAGUGGACCAUGGAGGGUUAUCUCUACGUCCAGGAGAAAAGACCAUUGGGUUUCACAUGGAUUAAACAUUACUGCACUUACGACAAAGGAAGCAAAAUGUUCACAAUGAGUGUCUCAGAAGUGAAAGCCAGUGGGAAGAUGAAUGGCCUCCUUACCGGCUCACCCGAAAUGUUUAAACUAAAGUCGUGUAUCCGAAGAAAGACAGAUUCAAUUGACAAACGCUUCUGCUUUGAUAUAGAAGUGGUCGAAAGGCAUGGCAUUAUUACACUACAGGCCUUCUCUGAAGCUAACCGGAAACUCUGGCUAGAGGCUAUGGAUGGAAAAGAACCGAUUUACACACUGCCUGCCAUAAUUAGCAAGAAAGAAGAAAUGUACUUAAAUGAAGCGGGCUUCAACUUCGUGAGAAAAUGCAUCCAAGCUGUGGAAUCAAGAGGCAUCACCAUUUUAGGCCUGUACCGAAUAGGAGGUGUGAACUCCAAGGUCCAGAAACUGAUGAACACCACAUUUUCUCCCAAAUCCCCUCCUGAUAUGGACAUUGAUAUUGAGCUGUGGGACAAUAAGACUAUAACGAGUGGGCUGAAAAACUACCUCAGGUGCCUUGCAGAACCACUGAUGACUUACAAAUUGCACAAGGAUUUCAUCAUUGCUGUCAAGUCAGAUGACCAAAACUACAGGGUGGAGGCCGUCCAUGCACUGGUGCACAAAUUGCCGGAGAAAAACAGAGAGAUGCUGGACAUCUUGAUAAAACACCUGCUCAAAGUGUCAUUGCACAGCCAACAGAAUCUCAUGACAAUCUCAAAUCUCGGCGUCAUAUUUGGCCCAACCCUGAUGAGAGCGCAGGAGGAAACUGUGGCCGCCAUGAUGAACAUCAAGUUUCAGAACAUAGUGGUUGAAAUCCUGAUCGAGCACUAUGAAAAGAUUUUUCAUACCGCCCCAGACCCAAACAUUCCUCUUCCUCAGCCUCAGUCUCGGUCUGGAUCCCGAAGGACCCGUGCCAUCUGCCUGUCCACAGGCUCUCGGAAGCCCAGAGGGAGGUACACGCCAUGCCUGGCGGAGCCUGACAGUGACUCCUACAGCAGCAGCCCAGACAGCACACCCAUGGGCAGCAUAGAGUCGCUCUCUUCCCACUCCUCUGAACAAAACAGCACCACAAAGUCGACCUCUUGCCAGCCCAGGGAGAAGUCGGGCGGUAUUCCCUGGAUGGCAUCCCCAUCGUCUUCCAACGGGCAGAAGAGCCUCGGUCUGUGGACAACGAGCCCAGAGUCCAGUUCUCGAGAAGAUGCAACCAAGACAGAUGUGGAGUCAGAUUGCCAGAGCGUGGCCUCGGUUACCAGCCCGGGGGAUGCCUCUCCCCCCAUAGACCUAGUCAAGAAAGGGCCCUAUGGGCCCUCAGGACUGAAAAGAACCUCUGCCUCCUCCUCUCUCAGAUCCAUCUCUGUGGCUGAAGGAAACAAGAGCCACAGCGGAUCUGUCCAAAGCUUAAGUUCCAUAGGCUCCAAAGAGUCGCCCAAAGCCACACCGAACCCAGAGCUGCCUCCAAAAAUGUGCAGGAGGUUAAGGCUCGACACCGCCUCCAGCAAUGGCUACCAGCGGCCAGGCUCAGUAGUGGCAGCAAAGGCUCAAAUAUUUGAAAAUGCUGGUUCAUUCAAGCCAGUUUCUUCAGGACGCCAAGCCAAAGCCAUGUACUCCUGCAAAGCAGAGCAUAGCCAUGAACUGUCCUUCCCCCAGGGGGCGAUCUUUUCCAAUGUGCACCCGUCUGUGGAACCAGGAUGGCUGAAGGCGACGUAUGACGGCAGAACAGGACUAGUCCCUGAAAACUAUGUUGUCUUCCUCUAAUAGUAUUAGUGGAUGGCAGUAUCUUCAUGGUAUCCAUGGUAACACAUAAGAAGCGCUUUGAUUUUAUCUGACACAGAUAUGGGGGACCAGCCACUAAAGGAAAACCAUCUGUUUGUCUAACAUUCUUCACCAGCAGACUAUGCAGCCCCCACUGAGGAAAAGAGAAACACAGAUAUUUACACCGCAGCCAUUCCUUUUUGGCUGCUUUCUUACAGUGAAAAUAAUCUUGCUUUUUAAUUUUUUUUGAUAAGAAGUGAUUUUUGUCAGUGUCUGUUCUCUGCAGAAUCCCAGAUACUGAGCUCAGUUCCGCAUCCCACAAAUCCGGAAGUCAGAAAUCUGCUGUACCGUGUUGAGAUCUGUUCUGUAUUGCCUGGUAGUCUCUGGGGAACCUUGAAAUCAUUACUUUAAAUGUGUAAUUUAAAUUGUUCAUUUAUUAUUUUUUGUUUCUUAAAAAUAUACUGUUUUUAUAUGUGGUCGUUUUGCUGGUCCUAAACAUUUCAAGAAAAUCAGUCGUUGUUUUAUCAUAAGUAUAUUAUAUUUGUUUUUUUAAGAUGAUAUUUGAGAGCAAUAAUGUAUGUGAAGUCUGUAAAGAAAGUCAAGUUAAGUCAAACACUGAUUCCACCAUAAGCAAUCCAUCCUGAAUGCUAGAUGGCUUCUGCGAGUUCCGAGCAAAGAUCCGCCAAGGGUGUCUGUAAAGCCUGGGUAUAAAUCAUUUUGUGAUAGACUAGAUUUGACUUGUGAAGCACAGACACACAUGCUAAUAAAUCAAUAACAUGAGCAUCUUCUGCUUCCUCAGCAGCAUCAUAACAGGGCAGCGACAGUUCUGGGCAAACUGUAAAGGUGAAGUGUAGCGUACAACCAUCCCACCUGCAGGACUGAAGUCUUCGGGUAUUUUAAUGAUGAGGAAGUUGCGGUCUCUGAGUUGGUAGUAUACAAACGAUAAGGACGUUGUUUGGAAAUUUGAAUUGGGAAGCUGUGCCUUUUAAGCCUUUAUUUAGUUGAAACAGAAAACAAACACCAAAGUACUGGUUUCUUAGGCCACAGAGUUUGAAUUUUUUUUAAAUUUAUUUAUUUAUAUGAAUAUUUUCUUCACGUGUAUCUGUUUUACAUAAAUGACUUUUACCCAUGAAGGUCAGAACAGGGAGUCAGAUAACUUUGAACUAGAGUUACAGGUGGUUCUUGGUCACUACAUGGGUGCUGUGACUCGAACUCUUGUCCUCUGGAAGAGCAGCAAUCUCUCCAGCCCCAGGCCACACAGUUUGAAAGCAUCCUACAGUCAUUAGCAGGAAUGAAAUUUAUAGAGGUUUUCUUUGAUGGCAUUCAGUUUAUAGCCUUUCCUAUGAGUUCCACCCAAUUAUAGAACUCAUAGAGCAAAGAGGUAUUUACUUUCCAGAUAUAGGUCAUCAGCAAAAGGUUAUAUAUCAGCCAUUUCUUCUAUCAUAAUCUAUUUCAACAAUUUCAACAUAUAACUCCUAGGAGUAUCUACAAUGGCAGAGACCCUGUAUUCUCCAUAGUCUAAAAGUUGUCUCUCCAAACUGGUAUCUAACUUGGCCUUGGUAUCUAACUGAUUCCUUCAGUGUUUUUCCUAGUUCAUAGACACUCAGAUGUCUAAUGGUGUGUGAAGCUAUUUAUACAUGUCAUAGCCUGUAAUCUCAAUUCAUUCCACAUUGCAUAUACACAACACUGUGCCUCAUUGCAUUUAUGCUGUUAAAUGAAAUAAGACAAUGAAUUAGAAUUAACCAAUAAUAAUAGGCAGAUCCAGAAAUAACGUCAUUGAACUGAAGGCAAUUAACGGAAAACAGCUCAUAAGAAUUACAAUGUAGCGGGAAACUCUGAUGAAAAUUUGGCUCUUUCUCUUUCCUCCCUGUGUUAGUCCCUGUGCAUGGCAGUGAGGCAUUGCCGAACUCCUCGGUCAUUUCUGUGUCUGAUGACCUUGGGGGGGGGGGACAGAAGGUAACCUCUAUAAUGUCUCAGUUGCCUAGUCUAUAGGACCUUUGUCUUCACCCCCUUGCAUCAUGCUAGAUCAGGAAAUCUGAAAGGAAGCUGAUUUGCUUUAAAGACCAACAUGACAGCAAGAACCAAUGUCUUCCUCUGCUGCUGCUGCGCUAAGCAAUCUCAACCUCAACUUUAUUUUAACAGACCAGAGCAUUCCUGCCUCCCAGUUGAGGGCUUCGAGCUAUUUCUUUGUAGGACAUGGGUAUGAUAUCCAGUUCUCCUUUCUGAUGGUGAGACCUGCUCUGUGUUCCUCUGCUUUGUUGAGGUUUCUUCCCUGAAACAAGACACAAACAUGCUGGUUCAUGUUGCACGUGUGCCUGAGGUUUUAAUCUUUUAGAUUUUUGUUUGUCGUAUUAAUUACCUAUGUAAGGAAAGCAUAAUGGUCUGUUGGAGCAAGGCUAGAUGCUUUCCCCGUGAAGUAGGUAUCUCACAAAUGAAGCUUGCAGGAGCACUGCAAAGGUCAAGAUGUGUGCUCUGAAGCCCACAGAAGGUUUGCUGUGUGGGGGAGCAUUGCCAGCCGUGGAAGAGUCAUGCCCAAAACUGUGAUGCCGUCGAAGCAAUGAAGAGCCUUACCAUUCAGAGACAGUGAGUGGGACAUGUUAGAACUGCUGUAUCCUCACUCUGAAGCCUAUGUGAAAUGACAGGCACCCAGGUCACUGCAUACCGUUUACUCAGUGUGAGGAUGGCAUCAAGGGUCCGAUGUAAUCCCCGUGGGUGUUUUGUGCAUUUGAAGCAAAGAUGUAUUUAACAGGUGACUCUUUGGCUAUGCCAUCAUUCCACUAAGUUUAGCUCAUACACAAUAGUCAUUCAACUGAACAAUUUCCUAAUGUAUUGUGUGUCAGUAUCUGAAAAGUAAAGUAAUCUUUAUAUCUC